AUGAGUCCAAGAAGUUUGUUCGUUACUGGUGGCACUGGAUACAUUGGCGGCGUUCUCAUCAAACUUGCCAUUGCUGAUGGUUACGUGGUGCACGCUCUUUCCCGCAAUGAAGACAGUGACGCCAAACUACACGUCUUGGGAGCUGAACCCAUUCGAGGCGACCUAGCCUCCCUGGACGUGCUGCGACAGGAAAGCGAGAAGGCUGAUGGCGUCAUCAAUCUAGCUACUGCCUAUGUCUUUGGCCAAGGGAAGUACGAGGACGCACUCCCCAUUGACAACGCCGCCGUCGAUGCCAUGUGCGACGGUUUGGUCGGCACUAGUAAGCCUCUGAUCACGAUUUCGGGUACUCUGUCCGCACAGGCCAAUCCGAAUGGAAACGAGACAGAUGAAGACGCCCCUCCAGAGCCCAGCCAUCUCAAUGUGCGCAUCCAAGCUGAGAACCAUGCUCUCGCUCAGGUAAAAGAGCGAGGUGUUCACGUCAUGGUCAUCCGUAUGGCACCCUUUACCUAUGGUCGUGGUGGCAGCGGCAUCGCGCGCUUCAUGGGUAUGGCAAAGGCCAUGGGCGGGAUCCCUACCGUGAAUGGCGGUGGGAACCGCACCACAGCCGUGUAUGUGGAUGACGCUGUCCGUCUCAUUCUUUUGGCACUGGAGAAAGGAGAGGCUGGCGAUGUGUUCAAUGCGGGAUCGCAAACCGAAGUCACCAUGGCCGCCCUGUUGAAUGCUAUCAAUUCUUCGGUCGGUGCGCCAAACAAGGACAUUACUUACGACGAAGCCUUGGAUAAAUUCGGAGAAAACAUCGCAUGGUUUCUUAAGGCUGAGAACAGGGCUUCAGGGAUGAAGGCAAAAAAGAAGCUUGGGUGGCAACCGAAGGGCACUCCGCUUCUUGAAGAUAUCGAGUCUGGCUCAUACGCUGUCAAAAUGUAG